UAUUCUCAUCUCGCUCACACCCCGUCCUACAGCUGGCUCGGUGUGCGCACGCCCAAACCGCUGCCGUUACCGCUGCCAAACGCACGGGGAGCUCCAGCCUGAUGGAAACAGUUCCACCUUAAAUGCUUUGGAUAAUUUGGCACUUUGACUCCUUCUCCGAUAACUAGUAAUAAUUUUAAAGGACGUGGAGUCACUGUUUAAUUCAAAUCCUGACUUGUUCCUCUAAAUCUUUUUUUUUUCGUUGAAAUGCGCAUGACUAGUGCAUAUUAUAUUAUAAACGAGGGUGGUUCAUGUGCCGAUUCGAAGAAUAGAUUUACGUAAUCCAGCGAAUAUAUUCACUAAGUGGAUACAGGCAACGUGUUUGUCUGAGGACUGAAUCCAUUUUAAAUUGUACGGAUUUUGAAUGGAAGUUGGCGCAGAGGGAAGCGAGGGCUCCUGGUUUCCUCGGUCUGUGUGUGCUAGCGGGUGAAGUGCGCGGUUCAAGAGUUCCGCGCAUUAUUCUUCUUUAGUGGGCUUAGCUGUGACUCUGAAGCAGCUGGAGCUCUGUGCUGAUCAUAUGCACAGGUGAAUAUGUCUGCGCUUUCACCUGUGCGCGGUGUGCGUGUCGAACUAUCUCAUUUCAAAAGCUACUGUAGCAUGCUAGCUUGUUAACUCGGCUAGCUUGAUAGCUUAAUAACUGCCUGUAGCUUUGAAAUUCGUGUCUUCUUUGCUUCGACUGAGGUGGAUAUGCCGAUAUGGCACAUAGGAAAGAAGUGUUUCAGUCAAAGGUUCUCCAGAAGCUUUACCCUACAACCCUGGAGCAGGUGAAGGAACAGAGCCCAUCACAUACUGUAGAAGCUCUAGCCAAAAAAAAGCAUGUGAAAAGAAAAGCUCCUGGAGAGGACACAGCCUCGGGAGAAGCAGUGAAGAGACAGAGUGCAGCCAGUCCAGGCAGACGGCUGUACACGGUCCUCCCCCCUCCUGCAGACUACGAUAUGCCUUCAGAGGGAUCUGUCUCACUUCCCCAGCUAAAAAGCAUAAAUAGUGUGGAGGAACCAGCUGAGGAGCACAUCCACGAGAGUGACGAAGAACUGGAUGGAGAGCAAGAGGCAGAAGAACAAAAGAGGAGGAGGAGGAGAAGGAAGAAGAAAGCAACCUUUCAUCAAGACUCUGGGAAUGAUGAGGCAACUCCGAGGAGCGAGUCCGGCGCUGGUCAGAGUCAGACACCUGUGGAUGAGGGAGCAGAGCGAAUCAGCAGGAACAAGAAGAGGAAGCUGAAGAAGAAACGUCACAAACAGAAGCUGCUCUCCAUGGGUCUGAUGCCCCGGGCCACUGCGCUGGAGUUCACCUAUCAGAACGAUGGAGAGGAGGAGGACGACAGCAGGAGAGCAGCUGAGGUGUCAGACUUCCUGAGGACAACAAUGGAAAUCUUUUUGUCAGAUUCCUCGUUGCGUGCAGCCACGGCACCUCACCUGUCUGCUACAGUGGAUGACCUUCUGGGCAGCAUAGACCGUGGAUGCAGACCUGACUCAGUCCUGAGGCAGCUGUACACUCUCAAGACAUUUGUUCAGCAAAUUGAUACAGACAAGCUAGAAGAGGCACUGAAGGAGCUGAGCAGCAGCAGCAGCUCCUGUAUGUCUGCAGAGGAAACCGCUGCAGUCGUUACACUGUUCCAAUACUGGAUCACAGACAUUCUGCCCGUGCAGGGAGACGAGGAGACGGCGCUUUCUGCAGCACACCCAUGAGACCGUCAGACACGCAGACGCUACGCAAGAACUAUUCCCACCAAUAUGUCAGGUUUUUUCAUAUACUGCAUUUAAAAUGAUGGACUCAGGUUAAUGUGUGUAAUGUUUUAUUAAAUUUAAAAUAUUUCAGAUUUG